UCGAACAGCUGUUUGUUGUCAUUGUAUUUUAGCUGCAUUUUUGUUUUCGACUUUCAGAUCAAAAUGUCGCAUUUAUUGCGAAGAUUUGUACUCCAACGGCAUAGACUAUUGCCCCUGCAAUCCACAGUGACCGCUUAUGGUCUGAAUAUUUUAGCUGCCAAGUUCUCAAGUAACUCGCUUGUUUGUCAAAAACUUAAAGAUGCCGGUGGCGAAGGGGCCUUGCAGCCUUCAAGUGGUGGCUCAGGAGAUGUUUCCACUGAUGUUCGACCAAUUGGCGAAAAGAUCAAAGAGAACACAAAGACAGCCAGCUAUACGGCAAUUAUAUUGGCCGGUCUCGGCGUGACGGGGAUUAUGUUCUAUGCCAUAUUUCGCGAGUUGUUCUCUGGCGAAAGUCCGUGCAAUGUAUAUGCCAAAGCCCUGAAACGUGUUGUCGAUGACCCGCGGGUGCAAGACGCCAUUGGAGCACCCAUCACUGGCUUUGGGGAAACAUCACGUCGCGGACGACGUCAACAUGUGGCCAAUACCACCUAUGAGCGUAAUGGUGUUCCCCACAUGCGUAUGCAGUUCUAUGUGCAAGGUUUGCGCAAUAAGGCAACAGUUCAGUUGGAAUCAAGAAGGAAUUCUUCGGGCAAGAGAGAAUAUCGCUAUUUGUUUGUGCAAUUGGAUCAUUAUCCUCGUACCACUAUCGUAUUGGAAGAUAAUCGCGCUUUAGACCCAGUACCGGAUUCAGGAUCAUUAUCAUCACCUUCUAACUCUACAGCGUCUCCCUUUGGCAGCUUGGCCCUGAUGUCAAAUAGUAACGAGAAGUAGAAUAAGUCUUUUUUCAUCCAAUCCCCUCAAAUUGUCUUUAUAUGUUUUUGCUCUUUUCUUAUUUAUUUUGACUGAUAAUGGAAGCCUUAAGCCUUAGGCCCACUAAACCAAAAAAAAAGUUAUUAAAUUUUGAAGCCAUAAAGUAAGAAAAUUGCUUUUUCUUCCAGUUAAGUUGAUAUUUUCUCUUCCAACUGAUUAUUGUUAUUAGAUUUUGUAGAUUACAAAAAUCCAAAGUCAUGAGAUGGUUUUAACAGAAUUGUAAUAAAAGUGAAAAUUUUAAAAACA